AUGGUCAAAGGAAAAUCCAAAGGCAAGAAAGAUUCUGCAGGAGGUGUCAACAGUCAUAUACGCGCGCGCAUUGACUAUCUAUACAAAGCGGCCACUUUCCUGCAAGCCCAGUCCAGCGCUCGUCAUGUCGGUGACUCCACAGAUGAGACAGAAGACCAGAAGCCGAGUGUCUCAACACGUAUAGUGCCACUCAUUUCUCCCUCUGCUGGUUCUGUGAGCGAGACCACGGCCCUGGAUGGGCAGAACGCGGCGACGGGCCAGCUACCUCAGCUUUCUCGGAACUACCUGUCGCAAAUGCGCGGCGUAUCUCUGAAAACGCAACUUCGCCUACCGGUUGACAUGAAGAGAUCUUUCUGCAAGCGAUGUGAUACGCUUCUACUUCCUGGAGUAACUUGUACGCGCGAAAUGAGGAAUCCCAGCCGCGGCCGCAGAAAGCCAUGGGCUGAACUCUUGGUCAUUCGUUGCUCUACUUGCGGGUCAGAGAAGCGUUUCCCUCAAACAGAGAAGCGCAGCAAGAAGCUGACUGAUCGUCGGCAAGAACAAGGGCAAGAGAAGCAAGACAAUCAGAAUGAUGCAGGCUCUUGA